AUGAACAAAAUAUAUCAGUUACAGAAAGAGAAGAUUGAUCAAUUGAAGAUUGUCAAUGAACGACAGCGAAAACAGAUAUAUAGAUUAAAAUACCAAAGUGCUAAAUUAAGAGAAUAUGAACAUAUAAGUAAAAAUAAUACUGAAGAUAUUAAACAAAGUGAAUCAGACACUAUAAAAACAAUUAAAAAUAAUGUGGAAGAGGACAUCAAAACUUUUCUUGAAGAAGAUGAAAACAGUCGUAUUAUAACGAAAACUAUUGACGAUUCCGGUAUUUAUGAAAAAGAAUUGCUAAUUCCAUCCAAUCUCAAGCAAUUUGCAGGGACUAUGAAAGUACAUCAGGCAGUAUGGAACGCUAAUAAGCCCAACCAACUAUCGAUGAGAAUAAUGAGUAGCGCCGAAGGUGAAUGUAAAAAUAAUUCAGUGUCAUGUGAACAUGGGUAUCAUGUAGGAUUAUACAUCAUAGGCGAGCAAGCUGAUAGACUGUUGACUGAUAGAACGAACAAGAACAAGAGUGACAAGGCCAAUCUGAUUAAAAAGUCAAGUGAAGCCAAAAAAGGGAGUGGAGUCAGUGCAACUGAAUCUAAUAAGCCUCAAAUUUUAUCGAUUAUUCUAAUUCAACCUGGUUCUAGCUAUUCUGUUGAUCUUGCUGAUGAGUUCUAUGAAACCAAACAGCGCCUGUCCCAUACCUUACCUUCAGACAUUGGAUUACAUGAAAGUGACAGCUUCUGGACACUUGCAACAGAAAACAUGCAAAUUGUUGACAAUGAAUAUGAGGAAUUAAAAUUAGAUAUUUGCGUAUCUAAUUUACUGUUGACUUCUAGUUCGACAUUUGAAACCUUUAUGGUGGAUAAAUUUUGGAGUGAAGCUAGCCUAAUCGGUGAUGCGAAUAGCAAACCAAAGUAUGGCAAUUUGUUCCGAUUUGAAUAA